GUAGGGACUUCCUCCACUUCCUCCAACAUGGCGGAUGAAAUGGCCAAAGCCCAGGCAGCGCAGCCGGGCGGCGACACCAUAUUCGGGAGGAUUAUACGCAAAGAAAUUCCCGCCGACUUGAUUCACGAGGAUGACAAGUGCGUUGCCUUCAAUGACAUCUCUCCUCAAGCUCCCACUCACAUCCUCGUUGUCCCCAAAAAGCCAAUCAUUCAGCUGUCGCAAGCAGACGACAGUGAUGCCGACGUGUUGGGCCACUUGUUGAUUGUUGCCAAAAAGGUAGCCACUCAGGCUGGACUGUCCAAAGGCUACAGGAUUGUCAUCAACGAUGGAGCCGAUGGAGGACAGUCUGUCUACCACCUCCAUGUUCAUGUCCUGGGUGGACGCACCAUGAGAUGGCCCCCUGGCUGAUGUCCGUCACCUGACACUGACAGUCCUGUGGUCAUCUGUUAUCAUCUGUCAGACUGAGACUUGAACAAGUCGAAGUCAGGAAACUGGUCAAUAAAAUGCACUCAACCACAAA